AUGGAGAAGCGGGAGACUCAGCUGCCGCUCUGGCAAUCCGUUGUUGCUGCUUCUACCGGCGCUUUGGUUACGGCAGUUGUUCUGAACCCCAUCGACGUUGUGAAGGUGGCGAUGCAGAACCAAAAUGUCGAGGCUUACAAGAAUCGCCUGAGCUUUCGUGAACCGAGCGGCAGCGUGUGCCCCAGGUGUGGCAAAUACUCCAGCUCCUGGGCGGCUAUGGCAAAUGAACCCGGCCCAGUUGGCGAAGCUGCGACGAUCUCGCCACUUCAAGCAGCGGUGCGAAGUCUCGGACCAGGUGGCAGCCAGGUUGGGGACUUGCUACGUAAAAAUGACGUCGGCGUGCAACACAGUGACUUGUGUGCUUCCGAGCGUCUGGUGUCGGCACGGAGCGCGCUGGAAGCGACAGUGCGGCGGCUGCAACCCACAGUCUGGGGAACCAUUGCGUCCAUUGUAAGGGUUGCUGGUGUGACGGGUCUUUGGCGUGGGCUCAGUGCCUCUAUUUUGACCAUAGUGCCUGCGACUGGUCUGUAUUUUGGGCUGUACGAGCAGGGCACGCAACUGAUCCUGCGCUACAGCCCAGCAGACAGUCGGCUUGCGGAUCCACUGUUCGUGGCGCCUUUCACAGGUGCAGCAGUGCGCUGUCUCGUGGCAACUGCUGUUUCGCCUCUUGAACUGGUGCGUACAUCCAUGCAGGCUAAUGGAGGCACGAUCUGGGAAACGCUGCGAUGCACUUUGCGUGAAGGAGGCGGUGUUCGAGCACUCUGGACCGGCCUCGCCGCAACUCUAUGGCGUGAUGCUCCAUUUUCUGCGAUCUAUUGGGGCGUUUAUGAGUCUCUCAAAGUCGCUCGAUCCAGGAUGAUGCACGAAGCUACCACCUCCCCAGUGGACGCGAAUUCAGCAGCGAAGCGCUCUAUUCUUGAAAACUGGGAACAAUCGGCUGCGACACGGAGUAGUUACCAUUUUUUCUCUGGCGUCACUGCCGGCAUGGUUGCCGCUGUGGUAACCAAUCCGGCCGAUGUGGUCAAGACUCGAAAUCAAUCGUGGCCAGGUGUGCGAAUAUCCGCAAAGGCGCUCACGGGUCAGACGCCUUCGCAUUUGGACACGCGCGAGAAGCCAUCUCUCGUGAUGCGAUUCUGGCCGGCAAUCCGGCAGCUGCUCCGCGAAGAGGGCGUUCCGGGGCUCUUUCGCGGUGCCUUGCCACGAGUGGCGAAGGUGAUUCCAGCGUCUGGUAUUAUGAUGGUCACCUUUGAGGAGAUGAAACGAUGGUUAGCACGUCACGAGAUCACCGUGCAUCGCGCCGUAGAGGCCCAGGCGGGAUCCGAUGGCAUGCCGCAGGCUCGUUGA